UCUGCGAGAUGACCCCCCGGUCGAUUCCAUUUCUUCACACAACAAAUCCAGACAUCUUCCUGUCUCUCCCUCUCUCUCUUCUCCCUUCUCUUCUCGGAAUCGACGACUACGAGGUUUCAAAAAGCGAGCGAGAGGACGAGAGGCGCGUCGAUUGUCGGAAGAGGAGAAGAAAGAGGGGCGAUUUCCAGAUUCAGAUUUAUCAUUACAAUCCGAUCCUCUGCGAGGUUUCAGGAAGCGAGCGAGAGGAGGAGCGGCGCGUCCACUGUCGGAAGGGGAGAAGAAAGAGGAGCGAUUUCCAGACUCAGAUCUAUCCCCACAAUCCAAUCAUCGUCUUCCGGAUUACCGAUCUGAGAUAGUCGCGAGGGAUCUACAUUUUUGGUGAUUUUUUUUUUUUUUUUGCUCUCGGACCCCUUCUUGUUUUUCCAACGGUAAAGAUCGCGUGCCGUUCUGGUAGAAAUCGUGUUUUUCCAUUUUGCCCCACUCGUUCUCCUUCAUUUUGACGGAUAUGUGUUGAGUUGAUGAAAAUGUUGUCAUUUCAGGCUCGGCGUUGGUGUUUUUUGGAAUUUGCGUUAGGGUUUUUACUGUUAAGAUAGGGGGAAAUCAGCGAUUGCUCAGCUAUGGCGAUCUCAGAUGUUGGGAUAGGAUCUUAGCUUUUUUCUUUUGCUGUGAGUGGGUGAAGGGUUGCAACAUGGCGGAUGAGCGCAUGAAGGCUGUGGUUGAAGAAGAUGAAGUUGAAGAUGGUGACGGGGAGGUUGGGUUGCAGGAAAUGGUCGAACGCGACGAGGAAGAUGAUGAAUUGGAGCUUAGCCUCUCACUGGUCAACCAGGGAUGGAAUGUAGGGUUUACAAGUGAUUGGCCUGCGAUGGAUACAUCGAUAUGGUCAGAACAGGGUGCUGGGAGCUCCCUGGACGUCAAGAGGUCAGGACGCGGUAGGCAACUGGAUACUGGAGAAGGGACGAAGGACUGGGGAGACGUGGGAGACUCUAGAGAGGGCUUGAUGGAGACUGAGCCUCUGCCUCACAUAAGUCCUUUGUUUGAUGCUGACUAUUUGGAUAUGAAGAUGGGAACAAUCUUUGGCAGGGAGAAGGAUACCCAGCACAAGCGGCCUAAAGUCGUUUCCAACCAACAUGAAGUGCCUACCUCUUCUGCUAAUCCAAUUGUACCAGCAGAAAUUAUCGAUUUCAUGACACUAAGUUCAUCAUAUCAACCUGCUGAAAUGAAAGGUCAGACCUCAAUCGUUCAAUCAGAUGAUGGGACCAACAAACCCGAUGGUGGGGCCCCUUAUGGGGAUAACAUAGGCGCUAGAAAUGCUGAAGAUAUAGAGUUCAGGAUGGAUCUUUCAGAUGAUCUGUUGCAUCUGGUAUUCUCUUUUCUAGGACAAAAAGAUUUAUGCAGAGCUGGGUCUACAUGCAGGCAGUGGUUAAUAGCCAGCGCAAAUGAAAAUUUUUGGAGGUGCUUAAAAUUUGAAAAUACAAGGAUCUCCCUGCAGAACUUUAUUGCUAUUUGUGAUCGUUACCCUAAUGCUACUGAAGUGAAUAUGAUUGGGACACCAAAUGCUGAUGCGCUUGUUAAUAUUGCAAUGAAUUCUCUGAGGAGACUUGAAAUUUUAAUUUUGGACAAGGGGCAUUUCAGUGAUGGAUUUUUUCAUACAUUGACGGAUUGUCCUGCAUUAACCAGUUUGAAAAUUUCCGAUGCAUCUAUUGGCAAUGGUAUUCAAGAGAUUACUGUAUACCAUGAAAAUUUACACGAAUUGCAGAUGAUAAAAUGUAGAGUUCUUCGAGUUAUUGUUAGAUGUCCUCAGCUGCAAACUUUGUCACUGAAGCGCAGCAGCAUGGCCCAUGCCUUGCUUACUUGCCCACAGCUACAUUUGCUGGAUUUAUCUUCCUGCCACAAAUUAUCAGACACUGCAAUUCGAACAGCUGCUAUGUCCUGUCCUUUAUUAGCAUCUUUAGACAUGUCAUCUUGCUCUUGUGUCACUGAUGAAACCAUACGUGAGAUAGCUUCCACCUGUCCAAACCUAUGCAUUCUUGAUGCUUCAAACUGUCCAAAUAUUUCAUUAGAGUCAGUAAAACUCCCAAAGUUAAUGGAUUUAAGGCUUGAAAGCUGUGAGGGAAUAAUAUCUGCUUCUAUAACUGCAAUAUCUUACAGCCAGAUGUUAGAGUCACUGAAGCUUGAUAACUGCAGCAUGCUUACUGCCAUGACACUUGAUAUGCCAAAUUUGCAGAGUAUAAGUCUCGUACAUCUGCGCAAAUUUGUGUAUUUAGAUUUGCGGAGUCCUGUGCUCAAGCAGAUCAAGAUUUCUAGGUGUUCAGCACUCCAAGACAUAAGUAUUAUUUCGAAUGUUCUUCAGAAACUGGUAUUGCAAAAACAGGAAAGUUUGGCUUAUCUGUCACUGCAAUGCCAAAGCUUGCUAGAACUGGACCUCAGCAAUUGUGAUUCUUUAACAGAUUCUCUUGAAGUUUUCAAUAAUGAGGGAGGUUGCCCCAAGCUUAGGUCAUUAAUUCUCGACAAUUGCCAGAGCCUAAGUAUAAUUGACAUUAAAAGUUAUACUCUUGUCUCCCUAUCCUUGGAUGGGUGUCGUGCCAUCACUACCCUUGAACUGUCAUGUCCAAAUCUUCAAAAACUAAAUCUUGACGGUUGUGAUCACCUUGAAAAAGCUUCGUUCUGUCCGGUUGGUCUUGAAUCACUUGAUUUGGGUAUCUGUCCACGAUUAUGUGUUCUACGGAUUGAAGCACCAAAAAUGCUACGGUUAGAGCUUAAAGGAUGUGGCGUGCUGUCUGAGGCUUAUAUUAAUUGCCCUUGUUUGGAGUCCUUGGAUGCUUCCUUCUGCAGUAAGUUAAGUGAUGAAUCAUUGUAUAGAACAGCUGGAUCAUGCCCACAGAUCAGAUCCUUGGUCCUAUCAUCAUGCCUAUCUGUUGGACCUAAUGGGCUAUCUUCCUUGCAUAUGCUUCAACAUCUGGCUUUACUGGAUCUGUCCUAUACCUUUGUGACAAACUUACAACCUGUUUUUGACAAUUGCUUUAAGUUAGAAACAUUAAGGCUCUCUGCUUGCAAGUACCUCACAGAUUCUUCCUUGGGUGCCCUUUAUAAGGAGAGUGCACUUCCAGACCUACGAGAAUUAGAUUUAUCAUAUUCAUCUGCUGGGCAGUUGGAUAUACUAGAUAUUCUUAUUUAUUGUACAAAUUUAGCUCAUCUGAAUUUGAAUGGCUGUGCAAAUAUUCAUCAACUUGUCUGGAGCAAUUUAUCUCAAAAGUUUGUCAAUUUCUGUUCACCUUCCAUAUUGAAAGAUAGUGACAAGGAUGUCUAUCUGAAGAAUGGCCGUCUUCUUCAAAUUUUGAACUGCACUGGUUGUCCAAACAUUACAAAAGCCCAUAUUUCUUCAAGUGCUAAUUGUUUUUAUUUAUCUAAAAUAAACCUUAACUUAUCUAUAAACCUGAAGGAGGUAGAUUUGGCAUGUGGCAGCCUCUGUAUACUAAACUUAAGUUAUUGUAAUUCCCUGGAGUUCUUGAGGCUCAAGUGUCCAAGACUAAACAAUCUCCAGCUCCUGGCUUGUAGCAUGUUAGCUGAAGAACAGUUGGAAGCUGCAAUUUCUCAGUGUCCUACCCUGGAAAUUAUGAACAUUGACUUUUGUCCUAAGAUACAUAGUAAAGAUUUUUAUAAAUGGCAUGCAAUUUGUCCCAGUCUCAAGCGCAUACAAAGCUGCUCAUAGAAUUUGCUCCACGAUCGGCAAUCCUUUUUGAGUGUAGCUAGUAGAAGUAAGUAGAUUGUUGGCUUCGAGGCCGGCUAUUUUGUGCUCUUUUAUUGUAAAUUUUAAUGCCACUCGUUGUCCUUAUUUAUAAGGCUAUUAGAUGUAGAUGCACUAUCAUGCUUGCCUUUUAGCUUCCAUACUUUCCAGACCUUUUUUUCUUUUUCUUUUUCUUUUCUACCGUAGAGAGGGUGGUACGAAUAUAUGUAUUAUUGAGAUGAAGUUACGGUAUGCAGACAGUUGAAAAACCUUGUUUAAUUGAAAUUCGAAACAGAAUGCUCUCUUGGUUUACUUUGAA